AUUUCAGCUCAUUCACAUGCGAGCAACGCACGAGUACACAACACUUGUUAAAACGGAACAAUUUGAUUUGUGUGUAAAAGUCAGACGACGACAAACCAAAAUAGAUAGCAUUUUUGAAAAUUUUUAAUACCAAAACAAUUUUCAAAAAAGUAAAGAGAAAUUCAAAAAUCAUACAACAACAAGAAUCUACCUACCAUUCGUAAAUAAAGUGUUGAGUGUGUGUUUGUGUGAAAAUUACAAUCGAAUUUCGUUAAUUAACCUUGUGACAAAUUUUUGCAAAUUUAAAUUCAAAAAUUUUCUUCUAAUUUUCUACGCGUUCGUGCCGUUGUAGCGCAUAUGCGAACGCCGCCGCAGUGGAGCUGCAAAGAGAUAAAACCCUAGAAUUUCUACGAGUACUAACCUUCGUCCUGCUAUUCCUCAUCAUAUCACUAUACCUAUACCGUUACGCAUUCUAAAACGCGCGUCUAGUUUUAGGAUUAGCUGAAUAUAAUUGACAACAGUGUUGUUUUCUGUUUUUAGCUGCAGCACUUAGAAGCGCAGCUAACACACACAAGCUAAUACCACAACAACAACAACAUCGACAACAACGUGAAAACAACAAUAGCACUGCAACAAAAGCAUUGCAAGCAAUAUGGCUAAAGCGCCCGCUGUCGGCAUUGAUCUUGGCACGACAUACUCAUGCGUCGGUGUGUUUCAACAUGGCAAAGUGGAUAUUAUCGCCAAUGACCAGGGCAAUCGGGUGACUCCAUCCUAUGUGGCCUUCACCGAUACGGAGCGGCUAAUUGGCGAUGCGGCUAAAAAUCAAGUUGCCAUGAAUCCGAACAAUACUAUCUUUGAUGCAAAGCGUUUGAUCGGUCGUAAGUUCGAUGAUAUCACUGUGCAGAGCGACAUGAAACAUUGGCCCUUCGAGGUCUUCAACGAUAAUGGCAAGCCGAAAAUGCGUAUCGAAUAUAAGGGCGAAAAGAAAAGUUUCUUUCCGGAAGAAAUCUCUUCUAUGGUUUUGACAAAGAUGAAGGAGACGGCCGAAGCUUAUCUCGGCAAGUCUGUAACAGAUGCUGUGGUCACUGUACCAGCUUACUUUAAUGACUCACAACGUCAAGCCACCAAAGAUGCUGGCGCCAUUGCCGGUUUAAAUGUGCUGCGUAUCAUUAACGAACCGACGGCGGCGGCCAUCGCUUACGGUCUGGACAAGAAGGGCACCAGUGAACGUAAUGUGCUCAUUUUUGAUCUUGGUGGCGGCACUUUUGAUGUUUCCAUACUCACCAUUGAAGAUGGCAUCUUUGAGGUAAAGUCCACAGCAGGCGAUACACAUUUAGGCGGUGAAGAUUUCGACAAUCGCAUGGUGAAUCAUUUUGUACAAGAGUUCCAACGCAAGUACAAGAAGGACUUGGCGCAAAAUAAACGCGCUUUAAGGCGACUGCGCACGGCUUGUGAACGCGCCAAGCGUACGCUAUCCGCCUCUUCGCAGGCUAGCAUUGAGAUCGAUUCGCUAUACGAAGGUAUAGACUUUUAUACCUCCAUUACACGUGCACGCUUCGAGGAAUUGAAUGGUGACCUCUUCAGGGGUACUAUGGAGCCGGUGGCGAAGGCUUUACGUGACGCUAAAAUGGAUAAAGGACAGAUACACGAUAUAGUUUUGGUUGGCGGUUCAACGCGUAUACCGAAAGUACAAAAACUACUGCAGGACUUCUUCAAUGGUAAAGAGCUCAACAAGUCUAUUAAUCCGGAUGAGGCCGUCGCUUAUGGUGCCGCUGUACAAGCCGCCAUACUCUGUGGCGAUAAAUCCGAAGCGGUGCAAGAUCUUUUACUGCUCGAUGUAACACCACUAUCGUUGGGUAUCGAAACCGCCGGCGGUGUUAUGACGGUGCUGAUCAAACGUAAUACCACAAUACCAACGAAGCAAACCCAAGUCUUCACCACCUACUCAGACAAUCAGCCGGGCGUGUUGAUACAGGUAUUCGAGGGUGAGCGUGCCAUGACCAAAGACAACAAUAUACUCGGCAAAUUUGAGCUGAGCGGCAUACCGCCGGCGCCACGUGGUGUGCCACAAAUCGAAGUCACCUUCGACAUUGACGCGAAUGGUAUUUUAAAUGUCACCGCGGUGGAAAAGUCGACAGGCAAAGAGAAUAGAAUCACUAUAACCAACGACAAGGGUCGGCUGAGCAAGGACGAUAUCGAGCGCAUGGUAAACGAGGCAGAGCAAUAUCGCAACGAGGAUGAGAAGCAGCGUGAACGCAUUAAUGCCAAGAAUGCGCUUGAGUCUUACUGCUUCCAAAUGAAGUCCACCAUGGAUGAUGAGAAUAUACGCGCUAAAAUUUCGGACUCCGAUCGUCAGUUGAUUUUGCAGAAAUGUGAUGAGACGAUCAGCUGGUUGGAUAGUAAUCAACAGGCGGAGAAGGAUGAAUUCGAGUAUAGACAGAAAGAGUUGGAGAAAAUUUGCAGUCCGAUUAUAACACGCUUGUAUCAGGGUGGCGUGCCGCCUCCACCGCCAAAUACAGGUGGUCCGGGUGCUGGUGGCUCCGGCGGCGCAGCUGGUGGUCCCACCAUAGAAGAGGUGGAUUAAAUGUUCGAAAUUAAAAGGCGACAUGUCAUAUAUAUUUUUUGGCGUUGCUUUAUUUUGCUAAAUAACAUUUUCUUAUACUUCUUGUUUGUUGUCUGAUGCUUCAUCAAUUCGUAUUUUAUUAUAAUCUAUUUUACAUAGCUAUACAUAAAUUUGUAACAACAAAAACUACAUCAUAAUUUGUUCGGAAAUGUUGGCGAAAGUAUAAUAAAUUUUAAAUUUCGAUUUUUUUUGUGGUUUAUUA